AUGGAUCCCGACCGAGCUGUAGCAGAUGACGUAGAAAGCAAUGCACCAGCCCCCGCUCAAGGGAUGGUGCCUGAAGAAAGUAGACCCGUAACUGUGUUCGAUGAACUGUCUUAUACACUUGAAGAGUGUUUGAAGUGUGCUAUUUCGUUGUUGAGGGAUGAUGCCUACCAUUGGUGGAAGACUUUGAUUUUAGUUGUGCCUAAGGAGGCGGUUACUUGGGACGUCUUUCAAGAGGAAUUCUGGAAGAAGUAUAUUAGCGAGAGGUUUAUCGACAAAAAAUGUAAGGAAUUUCUUGAACUUAGACAGGGCCGCAUGUCGGUUACCAAAUAUGAACAAGAGUUCGUUCGACUUAGUAAGUAUGUCCGAGAAUGUGUGCCCAGUAAGGCUAAGAUGUGCAGGAGGUUUGAGGACGGACUUAAUGAAGAUAUCAGGGUGUUAGUAGGUAUCCUUGAACUAAAGGAAUUUUUUGUGCUCGUUGAACGAGCAUGUAAGGCUAAAGAAUUGACAAGGGAGAAGAAGAAAGCCGAGUCGAACGCUAGAGAUAUGCGAAAGAGGAUGAUGAACAAAUCAGCCCCAACUCAGUCUAAGAAAUCUAAAGAUGUGUAUUCUCGUUCUUAUCCAUCGGCAGGACGCUUGCAUGGAAAUCGUAAAAAGUAA